AUGGAGAGUCUUAAAGAGUUAAGACAGUAUGGUGAGUCAUUAGGGUUAGCCAAUGAAGAUUUAAUUAGGUUCAUUGAGUCACAACAGGCGAAACAACGCGAUGAUAGACGUUUUGAAAGAGAAAGAGAAAAAGAAGAAUGGGAAGUUGAAAAGGUAAGAUUAGAACAUGAGUUGGAAUUGAAAAGGCUAGAUAAUACUCGUUUAUUUGAAACUGAAAAACACAGGGAAGAAAAAGGUAAUGUUAACCCCUCAAAGGUACCUAAACUACCUCCUUUUGAGGAAGGUACUGAUGAUAUGGAUGCAUAUUUGCGUCGUUAUGAAAGGUAUGCUAUAUCGAAAAAAUGGGACAAAUCAAUAUGGGCCACUCAUUUGAGUGCACUUCUUAAAGGUAAUGCAUUAAAUGUGUACGCUUUGAUGCCCUCAGAUCAAGCAUUAGAUUAUGAUGCUCUUAAGACAUGUUUGUUGAAGAGGUAUAACAUGACCGAAGAUGGGUUUAAGCAGAAGUUUAGAUCUUGUCGUCCAGAGCUUGGUGAAACGUUUCAACAGUUUUCUGUUCGUUUGGGUAGUUAUUUUAGUAGGUGGAUUGAUAUGUCUAAUGUUGUGAAGACGUUUGAUGGACUUUAUGAUCUUAUGUUAAGAGAUCAGUUUUUACACAUAUGUAAUAACGAGGUAAUGUUAUUUUUGAAAGAGAGAGUACCGAAUUCCAUAGAUGAUAUGACUCGGUAUGCUGAUCAAUUUAAGGAGGCAAGGCGAGUAAAUAUAGUAUCACUUACAAAUCAGACUCAAAAAGGUAAGUCACAGCCGGCUCAAAAACCCAACAAUGCACGGAACCAAGAACCGCCAAAGCAAAGUGAUAGAGAUAGAAAUAGACAUACAGGAGGUUAUGGCGGUGGAAACAGAUUUGAUAGAAAGUGCUUUAAGUGCAACAAAUCAGAUCAUUUGAUAUCGAACUGUCCAUUAUUGAAAAACAAGGUUGGUAAUGUACAAAAUAGUGGUUCACGGGGAAAGGAAACUCCUAUUUGCGGGAAUGUUAUUACUCUUACUGAUAGCAUUAUUACUACCCAAGUAAGUAAUCUUACAAUACCUGAACAGUGUGAAAAGAAACCAAUCAAAAUGCCUGUAGCUAAAGGUAAGUUAGGUGACCGUGUUGUGACAGUACUUCGCGAUACAGGAUGUAAUGGAGUUGUUAUAAAGAAAAGUCUUGUAAGUAUAGAUUGUUUUCUAGACGAUUAUCAGACAUGUGUAUUAGCUGAUGGGUCGAGUGUUAAAGUACCUAUAGCUAUAAUUACUAUAGACAGUCCUUAUUAUCAAGGUGAAGUAAAAGCAUGGUGUAUGGAACAACCAUUAUAUGAUGUUAUUAUAGGAAACAUAGAUGGUGCUAGGGAGCCUUAUGAUCCCGAUAUAUCUCCGUCGGUAAGUGUAGUAACUCGACAGCAAGCGAAGAAGAGAGAUAAUCCAUAUCCGAAAUUAAAAGUUCCAGGAAGUAUUAAGGAUGUUAGUCUAGAGGACAUUGAGCAUGAACAGCAGUCUGAUGCAAGUUUGUCGAAGCUUAGACAGUAUGUAGCUGAAGGCAGAAAGUUUGAGAAGACCAAUGGUACAAAGGUAAAUUACAUAUUGAAAAAGACACUUAUGUAUAGAGAAUUUAUGUCGCCAAAAGUAGAAAAUGGUAAGUUAUUCCGUCAGUUGGUCGUUCCUGAAGUUUAUAGAAGCGAUGUCAUGAAAUUAGCACACGAGUCAUUGAUGGCGGGACAUAUGGCUACACGACGUACAGUUUAUCGUGUAUUAUCAGAGUUUUACUGGCCAGGAGUUGAAUCCGAUGUUAAGCGGUAUUGCCAGUCCUGUGAUAUUUGCCAACGCACUGUACCAAAAGGUAAGCAAGUUAGAGCUCCUUUGGGUAAAACCCCUAUCAUAGAUGUACCUUUUCGAAGAGUAGCUGUAGAUAUAGUUGGACCUUUAGUACCAGUAACUGAUAAAGGAAAUCGGUAUAAACUAACACUUGUUGAUUACGCUACAAGGUAUCCAGAAGGAGUAGCGUUACCAUCUAUCGAGACAGAAAGGGUAGCGGAAGCAUUGAUUGAUAUAUUUUGUCGGGUAGGUUUUGGGCGCACAAUUUACUUCCAAUUUAAUGUCUGA